GUAACGUUACAGUCAGCAGAUCCUCAUAAACCUCCUUUAAUUGAUCCAAACUAUUUUGCUGUAUCGGAAGAUUUGGAGGAUAUAGUUGAAGGUAUAAAAACUUGCCAAAGGCUUUCCGAAACUCAAGCAAUGAAAUCUAUUGGAGCUAAGCCUCUCGACACUGUGUAUCCUGGUUGUGAAAAAUUUCAAAAAUAUAGUGAUGAUUAUUACCGUUGCCAUGCAAGAUCUGCACCAAUAACACAAAAUCAUGAAGUGGGGACAGCAAAAAUGGGUCACCCAAAUGACCCAACGACAGUGGUUGAUCCAGAGUUAAGGGUAAAGGGAAUAAAGGGCUUGAGAGUUGUAGAUGCAUCAAUUAUGCCGAUUGUACCUUCAGGAAAUACUAACAUUCCAACUAUUAUGAUUGCAGAGAAAGCCUCUGAUAUAAUUAAAGGAGGUAUUCAUUGCCAAAACUAAACUGAUAUAUUUAUUAGUAUAAUUUAUUACCAAUUAUGAUGCGAUGGAAAUCAUUUCAUACAAAUACCAGCAGAUACUUCAUCAAAUCAAUACAAAGUGAAAGCAAUUAUAAAAUUGAUAUUUUGCAUUUUAAAUGUUUAAGUAGCAAUAAAGUAUUUGUAAAUCAA